AUGGAUUAAGACACCAAGGAAAUAGAUGAGGAAUAGUUUAAGAAGGAAUUCGAGGAGAAGGUCGAAAAACGUAAACAAUGGUUAUUGGAAGAAUUGAAGAGCUGUGGAAAGUUUUUAGAUGUUAGUGCAAAGAAAUUAGAUGAUCUGGAUGCUUUGACUAUUGCUCUCUUUCUUCAUGAAUGUCAGACAGAACUAACAGUGUUCCACAUUGGAGCCAAUUAAAUAACUGAUAGAGGAUUAAUUGACAUGUUGACCGGAUUGCAAUGGCAUGACAAAUUAAAGGAAAUCUAUAUUGGGAAUAAUGAAAUUACUGAAGUUGGUGUUUAAGGUUUGAUAGAGAUUUCAAGUUGCUUCAAAUAAUUGAAAAUCUUGAGUAUGAGUGCUUGUUCAAUUGAUGAUUCAACGUUCAUUUAACUUUGCUUUGCAUUGCCAGAAUUAAAGAAUCUACAGUUAUUGCAAGUGCCUGGCAACAAUAUAUCCGAUUAUGGAUUGGUGUGCUUUUCCACAUUGUUGGCAACCAAUUGUCUACCAAAUCUUACAGUGAUUCAUUUUGGCAACAAUCCAUUGACUUCAAAAUCUCUGGUCCCAUUCUUUUAGGCGAUGAAGAAAAACAAAACCAUUAAAAUUCUCUAUCUAAAUGAUAUUGGAAUGGAAUUGACUACAAUCAAAUAAUUGGCACUUUGUUUGAAGAAAAACAAAACCCUUGAAGAUUUAAAUUUGGGGAACACAGGAUUCUCAGAUAGUGCUGCAUCAGUUUUAUGGCCCAGUCUGAAAUAUCUAAAGAAAUUGUAAUUGUGGAAUAAUCAUUUAACCGAUAAGGCCAUAUAUGACUUUAUAAAUGUGCUUGAGAAGGAGGACAUUGGAUUAACUUAUGUUGGGUUAUAGGAUAAUGAAAUUGAAGAAUAUGAUUUGGUUGAGGAUUUGAAUGCUCUACUCAAGCAGAAUGAAAUCAUUGACAAGUUAACAGAACAGAUAGAACAUAAGGAAGAGAUGGAGGAGGUGGAUGAAGACAAACAGGUUAAAUAGAUGAUCGAACUUGCUAAAUUAGAAGAAAUUGAAGAGAAAUUGGGACAGUUGGAAAAGCUGAAUGAACCUUAGGGGGAGACAUAGGAUGUGGCUAAUGAAUUGCAAGGGAAAUUAAAAACUAAGAAAUGGACUGGAGAGAAUGAAGAUCCUGAAGAUAAAACAUUGGAACACUCGGUAAUGGAAUGA